CACUUUUUCCUGUUACAUACUGACUGUGGAUAUGAAAGGACAACAGAAAAGUUCUGAACCUGAUGUCAAUGUUCCAGUCAUUGAAGAAGGGGCAGUUGCUACUGCAGAGGACCCAUCGGCAAUCACAACUAUUCAGUCUGCAUCUACGUUUUCCUCGGAGCAGCCGAUUAAAUACCUCUUCAAGACAGAGGGAGCUGGGGGGCAGGUAGGGGAGCUGUACCCUCCCUCAGGGCAGGUUACAUAUCGAGUAAUCCAGGUCGCAGAUGGACAGCUGGAAGCUCAAACUGAUGGUGCAACAGCUGUUAGUGUAGUUACUGGGUUUCCGGGUACAACACAGCCUGUCACACAGGCGGUUUUCUCUCAUUCAGAAGGCUUAGAUGGAGAUGGCACAGAAACCCAUUACACGUAUUAUCCUGCUACUAUUUCAGACGCUGCAGCAGGCACAAUGGUGACCAGUGUUCAGGCCUCAGAUGCUCUGCUUAGUCAGAGUGCUCCUGCAGGUCAGUUGUAUGUUAUGAUGUCUCCGCAGGAGGUCCUUACUGGAGCCAACCAGAGGUCUAUUGCACCUCGUACACAACCUUACAAUGCUAAGUCAGAGGGGCCAAGAACUUCUAGAGAUGAUAAAAGGCGAGCUCAGCACAAUGAAGUUGAGCGAAGACGUAGGGACAAAAUUAACAACUGGAUUGUUCAGCUCUCAAAAACAAUUCCAGACUGCACCAUCGAUCCCACUAAAACUGGACAGAGUAAGGGUGGGAUUCUAUCAAAGGCCUGCGAUUACAUUCAGGAGCUGCGACAAAGUAACAGCCGGUUAGGAGAUGAAAUGAACAGCCUUGACAGGUUGAGGAUGGAUAACCAGCUGUUACGGCAAGAGGUGGAAGAUUGGAAAUCUAAGAAUCAGAUUUUGAGGAACCAACUCCGACAGCACGGCAUAGUUGCAGCAGCAAGUGCAGAUUCCCAGUGAAGAAUUCUAAGGAUGUUGGAGUUUUGGAAAUUUAGAACAAAAACAUUCAGUGCUGGAGAUGCACAUAUCUGCAGUUUUUUUAACAACCUUGAACAACGCAUAAUGCAUGACUUACAUAAUGCAGUAUUCAACCUACUGGUGAUCAGUGGUGUGCACUUUAAUCGCUUAUAGAAAAGUGCACUUUCGGUCGUAUUGCGGUGCCCCCAGAAGGCGAUGUCAACCUAGGGGGACCCCCCAUGCCCC